UUCCACAGAGAAGCACACUCUCUCUCUAACAGAAUGGCUCCUACCUACACCAGAGACUCUGACAACACCAUGCUCUCUACUAAAGACAAACAUAAACUAAGGAAACCAGUUGUGGAGAAGAUGCGUAGAGACCGCAUCAACACCUGCAUAGAGCAGCUCAAGACCCUGCUGGAGAGGGAGUUCUACAAACAGGACCCCAAUGCCAAGCUGGAGAAGGCUGACAUCCUGGAGAUGACGGUGGGGUUCCUGAAGCAGCAGCUGCAGCCUCAGAGCCCAGUCCUUCAGAGGGCCCACAGUGAUGGCUACUCCCAGUGCUGGAGGGAGACACUGCACUUCCUGUCUUCCAGUUCCAUGAAGGACAUGAUGCUCCAUAACCUCCAAAGAGCUGAACAGGACAUCUGUCUCUCCUCUCCACUCUCCUCCCAACACCAAAACUACAGCCAGGGCCCAGUGAAGCAGGCCAUCACAGGCCACAAAUCAGUCUGGAGGCCUUGGUAGAACCACCGCAUAGAGAGACUAUCUCACAAACUGGAUGGAUGUUUACCAUCUUUCUUGCUGUAGGAAAUACAUUUCCAAACGUUAUAUUGAAAUUAUAUUAUUUUCUUGUUAUAUUUGAACGGAAUUCUACUGAUGUGAUUAUUUGUUCUCAGAGAAGAAGCUGAAAACACAUUUGUAUUAAUUCAUAAUUUAUGUUUGAUAUUUUACGUGUAUGUUUAUGUGUGUAUGCAUUUUGUGCUCACUUGAUGCACCAAUGUGUUCUUUAGUCCUUUCAUUUUCUAUGAAGAUGAUUUGUAAAGGUCACAUCUUAAUGUUUAUGGUUGCUUAUCUAACUCAAAUCUUGCUUUAACUCUAUUGCAUGUACUGUCCUAUUGAAGGACAUUUACAAAUGCUUUGAUAUGUCUUUUGUAAAGGCUUUUUGGGACAUUGUUGUUCCACCAUAGGCACUGUUGUGCUGUGAAAUGUAUUGUUGACACUGUGUGUCUUUCAUUCUCACUUGAUAAAGUGAACAGAUACCUAAAAUGGAUUCCAAUAAAUGUUUU